GACGGGGACACAGGGCCCCGAGGAGGUUGCCGCGAUGCUCCCGUCUUUGCAGGAAUCGCUGGAUGGGGAUGAAAAGGAGCUGGAGAGCAGCGAAGAGGGUGGCUCCGCGGAGGAGCGGAGACUCGAGCCGCCUCCCAGCAGCCACUACUGCCUGUACAGCUUCCGCGGAAGCAGAUUGACACAGAAUCGAGGGGAUAGUGAUGAUGGACGUUCAGGUGGCAUAAAUGCAGAAACCCCCUCUGGUGAUGAUUUCAGCCUCUCCUUGGUGGAUACUAAUCUACCAUCUGAAGUGGAGCCGGAACUUCGCAGUUUCAUUGCUAAGCGUCUUUCCAAGGGAGCGGUCUUUGAAGGGCUGGGUAAUGUUGCAUCUGUAGAGCUGAGAAUUCCAGGUUACCGAGUUGGUUGUUAUUACUGCCUUUUCCAACAGGAAAAACUGCUUCCUGAAAUAGCAGCAAUGGAAUCUGAACAUAACCCUUCUGAAUAUGUGGUCUGCUUCUUAGGAGGCUCUGAAAAAGGACUGGAGCUUUUCAGGCUUGAACUGGACAAGUAUAUUCAAGGGCUGAAGAAUAACAUGAAUUGUGAGGAAAGGAGUCUGGGGAAUGAUGUAAAGUCCUAUCUGAAUAGCUGGUAUGAGGAUGUGGUGUGUCCCAUCCAAAGGGUGGUUCUCCUCUUUCAGGAGAAACUGACCUUUCUGCUCCAUGCUGCUCUAAGUUACACUCCUGUUGAAUUUAAAGAGUCGGAUGAAAAAACAAAGAGAGACAUCAACAGGUUUCUGAGUGUGGCCAGUCUCCAGGGACUUAUUCAUGAAGGCACCAUGACCUCGUUAUGCAUGGCCAUGACAGAGGAACAGCAUAAGUCUGUGAUCAUCGACUGUAGCGGCCCCCAGCCUCAGUUCCACAAUGCAGGAAGCAACCGUUUUUGUGAGGACUGGAUGCAAGCUUUCUUACACGGUGCUGAAGCCGGUAACCCUUUUCUUUUCAGACAAGUCCUGGAAAACUUUAAACUAAAGGCUAUACAAGACACAAACAAUUUGAAGAGAUUUAUCCGACAGGCAGAGAUGAAUCAUUACGCUCUGUUUAAAUGUUACAUGUUCCUUAAGAACUGUGGCAGUGGAGAUAUCCUUUUGAAGAUUGUUAAAGUGGAACAUGAAGAAAUGCCCGAGGCCAAAAGUGUGGUGGCUGUCCUUGAAGAAUUCAUGAGAGAAGCGCUUGUCUGAAGUUCCAGUCCCGUGUUGAGGAUCUGUUUCAUGGAGUGUAUUGAGGCUGCAUGUGGGGGCUGUAAUUACCAUUGUUUAUAGGAUUGCACUGCCCUAAGAUGACUGGAAACACCCCAGCUUCUUCCUUUUGUGCUUUUUUUGUUUAAUUUAAUUAAACACAACAAUCAGAGGAAUGUCUUCACCAGGUCCUAGGCAGACGCUGUGUUACAGCUGGGGAAUUUUGCUGUCUCAUAAAUCCUAAGCACGUGCUGCCUAAAGAGCUCUGGAGAUGAGUUUUGGCUUCUUGGGAGUUUACCGUAGUGUUUAGCAGGAUUUCCUCCUCCAAAAGAAACAUAGUAUGCCUUUCUCAGUACAAUGUAGAAGUUUGUAAAGUACAUGAUCCUAGCAAGAUGUGAUGACACAUGCCUAUAAUCCCAGCUACUCAGGAGGUUGAGGCAGGAGGUUGUGAGGUUCCAGGCCAGCCUGAGCUACUGAGUAAGUUUAUGUCCAGCUUGGACUACAGGGCAGUCAUCACCUUCCUGGUCUUACUGCACCAUCAGCUCGCUUCAUUGACAGCCUGUUCAUCCUCUGAGUGCCUGAUACAAACCAAUGGGCAGGAAUGACGAAGCCACCUUUUGAAGCGAAUAUACACACGAAUUAUGAGUGUAUAAGCACUUAAAAAUGAGCUUUAUGUAUAGAAACUUGUGGGCUGGCAAGGUGGCUCAGAAGGUAAAGAAACCUGCCACCAAGUCUGACAACCUAUGUUCAAUCCCCAAACUCACUUGGUAGGAGAGAACCAACUCCACAAGUUGCCUCUGACCCAUACAGAGCUACAUACUCAAUAAAUAAAUACAUGAAGAUAUGGUGGGCUGGAGAGGCAGCUCAGCAGUUAAGAGCAUUGUUGCUCUUGGAGAGGAGCCGGCACCUACCUGGUGGCUCAAUUUCAGGGGAUUUGACACCCUGUUCUGACCUCCUCAAGCGUCAGGCACACAUGUAGUGUAUAGAUAUACAUGCAGACAAAACAUACACAUAAAAUAAUCUAAAACCAGUAAGAAAGAAAAGAAAGAGGAAGAGAGAGAAGAAAGGGUAUACUAGCUUCAAGAUGAAACAUUCUCUCUGACUAAAAAGCUCUUGUGGCAAUUUACACAAUAGGUAUUUAUUUGCCAGGAGCCUGUAUUUUUUUCUUCCUUAUUUCUAGAUAAAAAUGCUGGAAUUCUUAAGCAGUAUUAAGAAAAAGGGAAAUAAAACAGUUAAUAUAGGAAAUAUCCUUUACAAGCAAAUAUAAGAAUGCACAUGUGGUGAUUCAUGUCUUUGAAUGUAACCUUCCACAAGACGUAGGCAGUUGGAACUCCCUGAGUUCAGGGCCAGUCUGAUUUACUGAGUUAUAUAGUAAGCUUCAGGCCAGCCAGAAUUACAGAGUGAGUCCCUGUCUCAAUAAAUAAGAAAAUAAACAAUAUUUUAAAAAUUAAAAAAUGUAAACAAAUUCCUCUCAACACAAUUGCUCAUUGAUUUUAGAUCUUUCUGUCUGUCAUAAGCCUCAGAUCGUUUUGCCCUGAGUCAAUUGCAAGAGCCCUUGAGUCGUCAUUUCUCAUCCCAUGGGUGCCAGCUGCAGCCACACGCGUAGCUGUUCUGCAUAGCUCUUUAAUAAAUCCAUUUGGUAAUGAAUUUGGUUUAGAAAAUCAGAAGGCUUAUGUUCUCACUGCCUUUGGGAUGCUCAGAGGAGCAUGAGUCUGUGAAACGGAGGCAUUCUUAACUGCUUGUAAACCCUGCUAGGAGCUGAGUUCUAACUUUCAAAGAGACUAAUGAUAUGGCUUUCUGCCUUUGCUUCUCCAUAAGUCAGUCUAGGGAUAGGAGUCACCACGCCCUUCCUUUCCCUUUAAUGAGAAAUACAAUUCAGUAUCUUCAUAAAUGCUUUCAUAUGGCUUUAAAGUUUAAUAGCUUGGAUUAUAGGCAGUAUAGAAAAGAAUGUAAGUAGCAUUUUUAUAGCUAUCUGACGGCUGGAUAGUCAGCAGCUCUGUGGUACUUUUCUUGAAUCUUUUCCCAAUGCACUUGGUGCCCACUUGGAAAUCAUUAAAAAUGAGCGACAUUAGGACAUCGAGAUUUUGAGUCUCUAAAAUAGUAAUCUUUAUUUUUAAAUUCACAAUCAGGAGCAAAUAGAAUUCUAAAAGUAAGUGUAGGGGUUAGGGAAACAGCUCAGUGUAAAGUACUCGCUAUGCAAACGUAAGGACCUCAGUUUGAUCCUCGGGACUUAAAUACAGAAGCAGGAGUGCUAGCAUGUGCUUGUAGUCCCAGCACUGGGGAGGAGACUCAGUUCUUACUGCCAGCCCAGCUGACUUGGUAAGCUUCAGGCCAGCAGAGACCUUAUCUGAAAACAAAUGGAAAAAAAAAAAAGAUAGCUCAAUGGAUAAAGGCCCUGGCUGGCAAGUCUAGAGCCCAUGUGAAGGUGGAGGGAGAGCUCACUCCUGCAAGCUGCUCUCUCUCUCACUCUGUCUAUGCAUCCUUCAGAGCUAACUAUUAACAAACAAGAAAACAGAAGGGUAGAUGGCUCCUGAGGAUUGUCCUCUGACCUCCAAAUGUUUGUGCACACAAAUAAUAAUAUAUAUACCAAUAAUAAAUAAAAGCAAAUGCUCUACCAAAAAAUAAUAAAAAUAAACGCAAAUGCAGCCAGGCAAUGGUGGUGCACACCUUUAACCCCAGCCCUCAGGAGGCAGAGGCAGAUGGAUCUCUGAGUUCAAAGUCAGCCUGGUCUACAGAAUGAGUUACAGAAUAGCCAGUUACACAGAGAAACCCUGUCUUGGUAAAAAGAAAACCAAAACAAUAAUAAAGGAGAUGCAUUAAGUCACGUGUGGAUAUAGGAAAAACAUAACUCUAUAUUCUUUGCUUAUUUAUAGGUACUUCUUUGUAAUGUAAGCCCACUACACUACACAAUUGUAUAUAGUAGUCUUAUAUUUAAAAAGAAUCUGCAUAGGCAGAGACAGGCGGAUUUCUGAGUUCGAGGUCAGCCUGGUCUACAGAGUGAGUUCCAGGACAGCCAGGGCUAUACAGAGAAACCCUGUCUCAAAAAAACCAAAACAAAAAAACAAAGAAUCUGCAAAAUUCUGUACCACUGAAAAAAGAUGUCAUGGAAUUAAUUAUCUUGUUGAUAUGAAAAACAGCUCAUAACCAUAAGCCUAUUGUCAUAUUCAAAUUUUAAUGUGAAUGUAUUAAAUUUUAAAGGCUUGGGGGAUGGAGGAACACCCUCUCAGAACAAAGGGGAGGGGGAAUAGGAUGAAGAAUUCUAAGAGGGGGUGCUGGGAGGGGGGCAACAUUUGAAAUGUAAAUAAAUAAUUAAUUUUAAAAUA